UAAAUGAAAUCCAUCGUUAGUUAUCACUCAUCAUUAUUUUAAUUGGAUGCACUUUGGUUAUUCUCAUUGAGUGUCUGUUUUAUAAUUGUUUUAAAUAAAAAUUGAUAAAAACAUAAUUUAUUAAGUAAGAGAAUCCAAAAUGUUUUCCGCUUUCAAGAGAUUAGCUGGUAAGUCUGAGGGGGUGGCUUGUUCAUCCCCAAGACCAGCGCAUCAAUUAAUGCCAACAAAUUUGCAGAGAAAGUUCGCCAAAGGCGUUCAAUAUAAUAUGAAAAUUAUAAUAAAAGGAGACAGGAACGUUGGUAAAACUUGCUUGUUUUAUAGAUUGCAAGGUCAAAAGUUUAUUGAAGAGUACAUACCGACGGAAGAAAUUCAAGUUGCCAGUAUUCAGUGGAAUUACAAAGCCACCGAUGACAUUGUUAAAGUUGAAGUUUGGGAUGUUGUAGAUCGAGGUAGACGGCGAAAAAAAAUGGAAGGCUUGAAAAUGGACAAUAUUAUUUCUCCUGAGAAUAUUAUCGAAGAGCCAACCUUAGAUGCAGAAUUCUUAGACGUCUAUAAAGGUACAAACGGAGUGAUAAUUAUGCUAGAUAUUACAAAACAGUGGACAUUCGAUUAUGUACAACGAGAGCUUCCUAAAGUACCCAGUCAUAUACCAGUCAUUGUUUUGGGUAAUCAUUGUGAUAUGGCCCAUCAUAGAACUGUAACUACAGAUCACGUUACUUACUUUAUCGAGUCCAUCGAAAAUAGGACUGCACAAGUAAGAUACUCUGAGGCUUCAAUGAGAAAUGGAUUUGGAUUAAAACUUUUACAUAAGUUUUUUAAUUUACCAUUUCUACAAUUACAAAGGGAGACUCUUUUACAGCAAUUGGAAACUAAUAAGGAAGAGACGUUUUUAACUAUUCAAGAGUUGGAUCUGUUUCAAGACAGCGACGAUGCAGAUUAUAAUAAAUUCUUAGACAAUUUGGUAAAUAAACGAAGGGCCAUUGCUGAUUCAGCUUCUGCGACCGCUUUAGUCCCAAAUGUUACAUCGUCUUUAAGUCCUCAUGGUAACAUUAGCAAUUUAGGUACGCCAUCUGGCAAAAUAUUUGGUCCAAUCGGAGGUGGAACACCAAUACCCAUUAAAAAUAUGGAUUCAAAAUCAUUUGUUAAAAAAGAGACAAAGACACAAGGAAUAAGUAGCGAUAAUAAAAUGCAGCUGUCAAAGUUACAAAACAGUAUCAGUGCACCAGAAUAUUUGAAUAUCAAAGCAUCUUCUAACAUUAAUAUUGAUAAAAAAGAGCCAAUCGCCAAGCCACAGUAUUUCAGAUCAAAGUCAGUAGUUACGAGUAAAAAGGACAGUACUGAAAAAGAGAAAUCAGUCGAAGAUUCACAAAUCUAUACAUCUGUACCAAUUACAAGCGUAGAAGAUUUUGUACCAGAUGAUAAUUAUCUUGACAAAUCAUUUUUAGAAGACAAUAGUCAAUCAAAUUCUCAAGCGAGUCAGAGAAAGCAACUUGAUUCCGAUAGCGACACAGAGACCGUAAAUCCUUUAGUAGCUGGAUUUGAAGAUGAUUUAUCAUCUGCGGAGGAGAUGCCAGUUUCUGUUCAACCAAAAUUAGUCGAAAAUCCUCUCUGUAGGCAAAGGCAUAAGCGUGGAGAUAAUUCCUCGGGGGCUGAAUCAAAUAUAGCGAUGCGGCAACAAAUUACAAAACGUGAUUCUGCAUCAUCCAUAGAACAAGAAUUACAGCUUUCUAAUAAAUUACGCAUAGGUGAUCAAAAUGAUGGGAAUUCUGAUGAUACCUUCGAUAGUUGGCUGGAGCAAGACUGUAAAUGGAGACAAAGUCCCGAAGGUGGUGAAGAUGUCAGCAGUAAUAUUGGUACCAAAAAAGAUAGACUUGAAUUAAGCGAUAAGAGUUUAGAUGCUAGUGUAACAAGCUCUAAUGUUCACCUUGAGCUAUUAGAUAACAGUAGUAUACGACACUUGAGUUCUAAUAAUAGCAGCCCCAUUAUGAAAGAAAAAAAGAAACAUAGAGAUAAGACCGAGGACAAAGAGAAGAAGAAGAAAAAGAAAUCUAAAGAUAAAAAUAAAGAUAAAGAUAAAAUGGACAAAUUGGAAAAGAAGAAGAAGCGAUCGCUGGAAAAGGCCGAAAAUAAAAAGCGAGAUGAAUUAGAGGAAUUUUUAAAUGGAUCGAGUACACAUGUUGAUGGUGACGCAGUUUACGAAGCUAUAUAAUCGUAUUAUUUUUCAACAAAUGAAAAUAAAGUAAAAAAAUACUCUUUUUUUUUUAUGAAAACAUAAGUUAAAGAUUGUCUCGGGUAUAUUUUUAAAGUAAAAUAAAUUUACAAAUCGUUGAUCUCUUAUGAAAGA